UUUACUAGCCUCGAUUUGGAUUUUAUUUUGACCAAUUGAAUCAAUGAAACCUGAAUUAACGCGGGAAAUUACGUACACAAAAGACCAGACGGCUUCCGGAACAGAUGUGAUCCAAGUAAACACUUAUUUCCAUGGAAAAUUUUCAGAAAAUAGAGAAGAUUGGAGAAGGGACUUAUGGCGUGGUAUAUAAAGCAAGGGAUAAGACCACCGGACAACUUGUAGCAUUGAAGAAAAUCAGAUUAGACACUGAAUCGGAGGGGGUUCCAAGUACAGCCAUCCGUGAAAUCUCCCUCCUUAAGGAGCUUGAUCACAACUGUAUUGUCAGGUUACUAGAUGUGGUCCACAGUGAACAGAAGCUGUACCUAGUGUUUGAGUAUCUGAACCAGGAUCUCAAGAAAUACAUGGACAGCUGCCCGGCCUCUGGGAUACCUACUUCUCUUAUUAAGAGCUACAUGCAUCAGCUGCUACAGGGUAUAGCCUACUGUCAUUCUCACCGAGUACUACACAGAGAUCUGAAGCCUCAGAAUCUACUGAUAGACGUGGAGGGCAAUAUCAAACUGGCAGACUUCGGACUGGCCAGGGCAUUUGGUGUACCAGUUAGAACGUACACUCACGAGGUUGUGACCCUGUGGUACAGAGCCCCUGAAAUCCUCCUGGGAAGUCGAUUCUACUCUACACCAGUGGAUCUCUGGUCUCUCGGUUGUAUCUUUGCUGAAAUGAUGACAAGACGUGCUUUGUUCCAAGGAGAUUCAGAAAUAGAUCAGCUGUUCCGGAUAUUCAGGACACUAGGUACUCCAGAUGAGAGCGUAUGGCCUGGAGUGUCCCAGCUUCCUGAUUAUAAGUCGUCCUUCCCUAAAUGGCCCCAGCAGACAAUCAGCAGCAUUGUACCUCACCUGUCAGGUGAUGGACUGGACUUAAUGGCUAAAAUGCUGAAAUAUGAACCAAGUCAGAGGGUAUCAGCUAAAAUGGCUCUCAACCAUCCUUACUUUAACGGAGUUUGUAAACAGAGGCCACCGCAGAUCUUCAAAUGAAGCCACAGAGACAACGCCCUGUCUAACUGCUCUCUCAAAAUAAGCCUCCUCUCCAACGCUAAUAAAACUUCUACAAGGAAUGCAAGUCAACCUCAGCUGCCUAGCUGUCAGACUGUGAUAUAAAACCAUGUUUGAUUUGACAUGUUCAACGAAUUGAUUUUGAAAUGGCUGAUAGUGACUAGCUUGCCAAGUUAUGCACAUUUGAGUGUAAAUUGAUGACUAUUGCUCUCAGGAUUAUGAUUUUAGUUAUUAGUUAUUAUUAAUUAUUAGCUAUUCGAAGUUUUAGAAAACAAAAUGCUAGAUUUUUAAAUGAACCAGAAAUUACUUGGAUGCAUACUGAAUUUAUUUAAUUAGUUUUAAUUUGCUUUAAUGUGUAAAUAUUUUUUUUUGUAUAUUUACAUUUAAAUGAGAAAUAUGUCCAUUUCAAUUUGCUGUAAAUUCCAGACUUGUUGUAUAUGGCAUACUUAGGUGAUUAUAUGCAGUUAGUGUACUUUAUGCUACAUACAUGUAUUAUGUAUUUGUUGAAUAUACACAAGUAUAUUAUUUUUACACUAUUUUGUUUAAUAAAUGUAAACAUAUG